AUGGAAGGAUGGCUUACAAAACGUCGUGAUCAUAUGAACUUGAUUUGGCGGGAUCGCUAUUUUCUUUUGGAUUGUAACCAGUUACGAUAUUAUCGUAAACGUGGGGAUCCAGCACCUCGGGGUACAUAUAUCCUAACCGAUGGAUGUAUUGUGAGUCCUGUCUUCAAUUCCGAAGAAAAACAUAAACAUCAUGGCCCCGUGUGGAUGUUUCGGAUUACAUUUACCGUUGGAGACACGACUACAGGCGAAAAACAAGCCAAAAAAGACCGAUUUUUAGAUUUGGGAGCCAAAAGUGAAGAAAAUGCUAAAAAUUGGAAAAAAGCCUUGGAAACAGCUGUUCGAUCGUUGCAGGAAUUGGUGCUCCAUCAACGAAAACUCAAAUCAGAUUCCGAGAAUUUUCCAACCCCGACAUAUGUUCCACGGAUGCUCCAAGCUGAUGAAGACACAAUGUCUUUAUUUAAUUUAGAUGCUGAUAAUGUCAAGGCUGAACAAGUGUGGUGGUUGGCUCGAGUGGAAGGAGGAUUACGGAUCAUGCAGGAAUGUCCAUUGGGACCAAAUGUUGCUGCAACGUUGUGUUUUCAACAUGCAACGACGACAAAUGGAUUGAUUUGUAGUGCUGUCCUGGGAGCAGCAUUGAGUUUUAGUAUCAUGUAUUCCUUUGCUAUGAAUAUGUUGCUAAGUUUCAUGACGGCUAUGAUGGCUAUUGGUGUUUGUUGUGUAGCAGUGAUGCCAACUCAAACACCAGAGAUUUCAAGCUUUCGGGUAUCACAAGUUGUACAUGGAUCACCGACUGAAGUGUUUCGACUCAUUAUGAAUUCCAAACGAUUUCAACGAUGGGAUGCUGCAACAGCAACGAUGCGUGUUGUGCAGCAAUUAGAUGAUCAUGCUGAUAUUGUCUAUGUGACACAACGACCGACGUACUUGUGGCCAUUAUGGCAAAAAGCUCGUGAUCUUGUCUUUAUGCGCUAUUGGCGACGUGAAGAAGACGGAUCGUACUUUGUCAUGUACCAGAGCAUGGACCAUCCCGAGUGUCGGGUGCGUCACAAUUACGUACGAGCAAACAUUCUCGGUGGCGGCUUUGUUAUUGCUCCCCAACGUGUUCCAAGUGGAACCAUUCGUACGCUCGUCACUUAUGUGCUCCGAUACGAUCCUGGUGGUUGGUCGCGCAUUUACCACCAGCUCGGUAUGGAUGUGGACUUGGUCAUGCCUCAGCUGCGCAGUGUUGUGGGCAUUCGCGAUGAAAUGAGCGCCACUGACUUCAUCACACCCAACGUCUCGAUGGCGUCAGCUGGAGAAGGCGAAGAAGGACCAGAAGCUGGUGAGGAGGAUUCGGCUGUCAACCAACGCACGAGCGUAGACUCUAUGGGUGUUGUCAUGGGUGUGCAGAAGCUUCAGACUAGUUUGCCAGAGAAGAUGUGGGCCGAGCCUGACGCCUCUCUUUUCAGUGUGCGUGGCCACAAUUACCUAAACGACAAGAAGAAGAUUCCGUCAGCACCGGCAAUGUUUCACACUGUCGGUGUGGAUUUAUUGUCCUUCAGCAGUGCAGCCGAGAGAUACAACAUUUCGUCUCGUGCGGACAGUGUUGGUCGUACUAGCACCAAGUUUACGUUUGUUGUGAACAUGAUCAUCCCGGGUACCGAAAACACGUGCAUGGUGUUUUACUUUCAUCCUGCGCGUGAUAAUGUGUUCGAAGACGGCUCACCUUUUUCCGAGCUGCUGAACGACUUCUUUGAUGGCGACGAUGAAUUCCGGAACUCGCGCUUCAAACUCAUUCCGACCGUGGAGGAGGGUAGCUUCAUUAUCAAGCAGUCGGUCGGUUCAAAGCCGACACUCCUGGGCAACAAGUUGAAGUGCCUUUACUACCGUGGAGACAACUACUUUGAAGUGGACAUUGACAUUUCAUCGAACUCGGUUGCUAACACAGUCGUGGGCAUGGUGCAAGGUGUUACCAAAUCGCUGGUGGUAGACAUGGCAUUCCUGCUCGAGGCUCAAUCCGACGAAGAGCUGCCUGAAAUUAUCCUUGGUGCCGUGCGUCUGCAACACGUUUCUCUUGACAACCCGCAUCGCAUGCCACAGCUGUCGCCUUGA